AUGUCGUCCUCCAGCGGUACCAACGGUGCGCCGUGGCGCACCCUCUUUCUAGAACACGUUGGAUCGAUGAAGUCGCCCGAGUUCGUCCUGAGCACCAUUCGCAAAGUCCCUUCUUCAUCGCCAUCCGCGUCGUACGGCAUCAAAGUCGGCGACGGGUAUACGCACAUUCCCCGUGCCCGCACCUGCGUUUUCCGCGGCAUGUUGGCCAACAUGGAUGUGAAUCCCAAGAACGAUGCGCCGCUGAACCCACAGAUUUUCGACAGCGAGCUCUUGACUUUUACUACGGAUGUGCGCAUGGACAAGAUGCCAGAGCUGUGGGGCGACGUGCCAGCAGUUCCGAGCAAGGGCGGAAAUGCCUUCAGUGACGACGAUGACGACAGCGGGAAGCUGCAGGGCACAGGUGGCGGCGGACCGGUUGAGGCCGUCUUCUGGGCACAUGAGCCGGCGGUGCAGUGGCGCGUCAGGGGCAGGGCCUACGUGCUGGGGCCGGACGUGGACGAGGCGAACGAGACGACGGAGCUGCUACAGGGCAGGAUGAGGACAAGGAACUCCCAGCACGCGACGAAACAGGAGGCUGGCUGGAGCUGGAGUCGUGAGGUUACUGCGCAUUUCGGCAACUGCGCCCCUGGCAUGAGAGGUUCGUUUAAGAAUCCGCCACCUGGCAGGCCCGUGAGUCUGCCGAUCGAUGACGGCCUGGCGCUGGGCCAGAAGGUCACGGAUCUCAACGAUGAGAUCGCGAGGAAGAAUUUUAGGGUCGUGGUUAUUGUCCCCGAGGAGGUUGACCGUUGUGAUCUGAGCGACCCAUCCAGGGCCCGCAGAUGGAUCUACAGGUUCGUUGGUGAGAAGGGUGGAGAGCCAGAGUAUCCCGGUGGUCAUGUUGAGGACGGGUGGGAGAAGGUCGAGACGUGGCCUUGA